CGAGCCGAGGUCGCUAUGAGCGGUGUUCUGUGUUCCCGGGGUGCGGGAGCGGUCCGGGCUCGGCGGCUGCUGGGCUGGGCUUCGCGAAGCCUGCACCCGCCGCCCCAUGGCGGGUCUCCAGCCCAGCCUACAGACAGCGAAGAGGAGAAAGACGACCCCAACCUCCCCAUCCAGUUUUCCUCCAGCAAAGCCACCCCAACCCGCUGGACGGUGGAGCAUUCCCUGGGGAAGGAGCAGCAGCGGCCCUUGUGGAAAGUGCUGCCGAUCACCCUCACCCUCACGAUUCUGAUCUUCUGGUGCUAUCUAAGGCAGGAGACUAGCACGGACCAGUGGUUGAGACAGGUGUUGGGAGAGGAGGACGAGGAGGACGAGGAGGAGCCGGACGGUCGUCUGGAGGAGGCUGAAGCUCCAGUUUUUUACGGAGCUAGAACGUAACAGGGUUCCUGCUGAGGAAUAAAACAGGCAGCCGUCCUUCUGUUUCGUUGUCGAGUUUGGCGAUUUCUGACCUGAUUCUGUAUGCGUCUUCGAUGCUUUAAAAGGACUUUUGGCGCUGAGACGCGAGAACACAGCACGGAAUUGGAGGCUCGAAAUCUGAUCCUUGCCAGGACACCAGUGCCCAGUGAUUACGUCCAAAGGACUUUUGAGGUUCAUAGAGAAGGUUUUGGCUGCACCGUGUGCUGUUGAAUUUGUGAUGUGUUUGUACAGCCCAAUCAUGUUUCCAGAGCAGUUCUGGUGGGGAUGUUCCCUGCAGUUCAUUUGCUUUCUGAGACAGAAUAACUGCAGAAGGUUUGCACUUUGUAUUGUGCCAUGGUGUGUACAACAUCAGUUGAAGCUACUUUAAAUACUAACAGAUGCAAAAUACAUUUGUGAAGUCUAAUGAACACAAUUCUCCCCUC